AUGCUCCCCUCAAUGGAAGAUGGAACCAUCGACCUCAAUGUUUUCCGUUCACGUUACGAUUUACCUCCUGUCUAUGAAGCGACCCUCGAUUACGCCUUUUACGCCCUCCACGUCCUUCAUCGGUUGUUCGAGCCACAGCACAAAAUACCAUGGAUGGACAUCCCCAUCCGCGUGAAAAGUGAACUUCACCAACUCGCUUUCGUCGUAUACCAGGCCAUUCGUCGAAAAAUCCAUCUCCAAUGGUCGAUCGAAGACUACGCGAAGGUUCUCCAUGAUGAAGAUCUUACGGAAGGGGAGCAGAUGGUACGCUUUCCUCCCGACUCUGGGACUUCCGAUGGCACCUCCGAUCGGCUGGACAUCGAACACGAGCCCUGCGUUUUCGUAGAUAAGAAUGGCCGCAUACUCUGGUGGUAUCUCCCUGCCAUCAUACGUGAAUCUCGAUGGAUGGAAUUUUGCAAUACCGUCGUGUCCGCGUCCGCAUUGACCCACCCACCAUUCGGUCGACCACCGGCAAUGCCCAGAUCCCAAUACCAGACUCUGUUUAGGGAAGGGUCCCAAUUUGCUCGCGGUGCUGCCCGUUUCUCCCCCGCCCACUUCGAGGCAAGCUCGUCUGUUUCUCCUGAUAUCCCAUAUCCUUCCUUACCCUUUCGUGUCGAUGAGCGAUUCCAGGGCUUUGCAAUCCUGGAUGCGAUUGGCUCGGAGACCAUGGCUAUCAUUGGAGCGGUCCUAGCUCUAACCCAGCCUGUUUUGUUCCACGUCUCUCUCGAAAUGUUGGAGAGAAUGGCGGACGGGGUUGUAACCGUCGGCCAACCGUGGGUUUUCCACGAGGUCUUGAGGAAAUGGACGUCACCCUUUCAAACCUUUACCAUCUACAACAACUUCAGCCGGCCUCCUCAUCGCUUUUCAGACACUCACCCUAUGGCAUCCGACAUCCUCCUUUCUGCCGGGGCAGGAGAGUGUCACAGAUUUACAUGCCCCACCCUUGGUCGUGAAUUCCAUUUCGAUCCUGGGACCAUUUGUGCCGGUCUUACCCAUCUCGUCUGUCACGGCUGGGCUGCAGCGGGCAAUUCUGACCACCUCGUUUGCCAGUUCAGCGUUUGCGAGGAUUUGAUCCAGUAUGUAUCGCCCCAUCGCCCCAUAUUUCCAUUCACCGAAGAUGAGCUCGGGGGCUACUUCCACUAUCUUUUCGAGCCCCCUUUGGAUGCUGGAAGCGAUCUGCACCUCGCCGCUUAG